AUACGUUUUGCUGUUUCGCGAGUUAUCAGCUCAGUGCAAGUACCUAAAUGUGACAAAUGCAUACCACGUGAUAUGAUCUCUACACAACGCUGUGAAUAUUUUAAGAAUACUAUGGUUUUCUUCCCCAGAUCUUCCUUAGGAAUUAAUAUCAAAUCUGUGAACAAGAAGGUCUACGUUGAAAGCACCGAUAACGGUUUUAACAGCAUUGCUCGGCGGGCCUUUUAUGUUGGCGAUGCGCUUCUGACAGUAAAUGAUGAGAAAUGCACAUCUGUAAAGAAGGCAAGUAGACUUCUGUUGGAUGCUCUCAAGACAAAAGGCAUUGCCCGGGUUCUUGUAGAAAGACCUGUCGAGCCGGCUGCUGUCGCCUUCGUUCGAGCUGUAUUGCUCGUAAACAAGGCGAAUGUAAUGGAUCCCAAAAUGCCUGACGAUGUUCUGGCUAUUUGCACGUUCCGGAGAAUUGAAGCGAAUGCGGCAGCAACGCGUACGUCCAAAGAAAUCUAUUCUUAA